AAAGGCUAAAGGAGCUCAGAGGCUGUAAUCCCCGGAUGAAACCAUCAUGGCUGCCACUCGCUGAGCUGUCAAGCUCUCCCCAAAAGAAAAGGAAGCUGAAAACCCAUGGAUUCGAUGGAUUUUUCUGCAGCUACCUCCACAGGAGGUAAUAAACAGCGUUUCAGCAAGAAGAGAAGGAACCGGCGCAAACGGCUCCACCUCAGGAAGACUGGCGUUCAGCCCCCAACUAUGCAAAGUGAAGAUAAGCGUGGACCAAAGAAGAUAGCAGAAGAGUGGGAGCAAAGCAACGUGUGGCCUUCAUCAAAGAAGACCUCCCAGGAAGCACAACAGAGUCAGCGCAGGACAAAUGACAGUGGAAAUACACUUAGGUUCACGUGCUCUCAGUGCAGGGACAACUUGGAAUAUGUUCCCAAAGACUUAGUGAGACACUUUGAGGAAAAACACAGAGGGAGCCCACCAGUUUUUUCCUGUCAUUCGUGUACUUUUAGUACACACGAGUUCUCCUACCUACAGGUUCAUCUGUUAAGCCACAAGGACACUUUUUCUAGCUGCAACAUUUGUAAAGACAGUGUUCAACGCACAUGGCCUGAAUUCAGUGCACACCUGACUACAUAUCACUGCCAAAAUGGCAAGUACUCAUGUGGAAUGUGUCAGAGAUUCUCCACAGGUGAGGUUAGAGUGUUUUUAGAACAUAUAAAUGUACAUAAUUUGGGCCUGGAAGGAGCUAAUGAUGAGCUAUCGCUGCACACAAAGGACAAGAAUCUGUUUGGGCCUAAAACAACCACUCAGAUGUUACGUUGUCAGCACUGUGGCUAUGAAGCAUCUCAGAAAUUGUUGAUUGCUAAACAUGUUAAAACUGUUCAUGUUUGCCAGAACGUUAACCAGAGGAAGAAGCGGAAGGAGGUUCAUUCCAUAGCAGUGAAACCAAAUGACCCAAUCCCAAAAAUGAAGUCUAGAUUAACAAGAAGUGCAGUUAGGGAAAUGUGCUGGCUGACACAGGACUGUCUGUCUCUGCCAGGGAGAGAAUUCCUGGAAAAAUACUGCCAUCUGUCAGAUCCACAAACAACACUAGAGGAGACUCAACAGUUUUUGAUGAAAUCUGUCGCCGGGGAAACUGGCGACCAGAAAUGGACCAAGGCUCUUAAAACCGUUUUGUCAAACGUCCCUCAAGAUAUGAAUCUUCACCCAAAGUCAGAGAAUGGCAUCAUGUCGAACUCGUCGGAUCUUACUGUCCUCACAGUCAAGAACAAGAUAACUGUAGCUCAGAACGGUGCAGCGUAUGCCAAAAGGUUGAAAAGGAUGGCGUCAUCAGAUAAAGAAACCGUUUUCCCUGAAAGUGCUGCUGAGGAUGCUCCAUGUGUAAUUGACCAGAAUGGGUGUCAGUCAGAUCUGAGCGAUCAUACACCUUGUCCGCAGACUGAAACCAAACUCCAUAAUGACGUCUUACUGUCAGCCCAGAGUGAAGUAUCGGAGUGUACUCAAAUGCAGGAAAACAGAGAGAAUCAGGAAUUAAAGACUGAUCAGGAAAUCGAGGAACAUGGUAAAAAACACCAGGAGCCUAUUCAUGAGGAUGUGAUUAAUAUCUCCAGUGAGCUGAAGUUGACAAAUGAGAGCACAGAGCAGGCAUGCAGUCAUAAAGCCCUACCAAAACGUAAGAGACGAAUUCGUAGACACAAACGCAGGGCAGCAUCUAAAAAAGUGGAUAAAAGAUCAUCAGGACUGCCCUUAAAGAUAGUUUUGAAGAAGAAUCCCGUGAAGGAGAAGCAGUGGGUGUCACAGAGCUCUUUGUCUCCAUCAGGAGUUGGGCCCAUGUAUGACUAUCAUGGGCUGCCAAGUCCUCAUACGACAAUGGAGAAGACAGCGCAGGUUCUUCAAGAUGCACCGAUAACAGAGGUUCACCAGAAGAAAUGGACCAAAGUUUCCCAGACUGAUUUAUGUGAUCCUGCUGAAGCCAUCACUUCAGUUCUACCAUCCAAUCCAGGAGAAGGACUCAUCGCCAGCUGUGCUGCAAAGCCAGUGGGGUCUCAAAAUAUUGACGGAAAUGAGCCUGCCAUGCUCGAAGGCUGGCCGUCAACCCAUCAAGAAAUGCGAGAUGAUGCAGAAAAUCAGUUCUCGGAGACAGAAGUUGACAAGAGAAGUUCAGUUGCUAAGUCAGGACAGUCAAAUUCGAGAGCUGUAGCAGAGAUUGAAGUAGAGAUGCGCCCCAAGAAUGUACUGCUCCAAACAUCAGGCAGUGGUACGGACUGCUAUGUACCCAACGAUAAGAAGAGUUCAGCAGCUGACAGAGUGACUCCUCAUAGCAGUUACACCAAGUCUUCCCCUGUUUCCCAACCUGCUAUUACACCACAGGAUAAAGUAAACCUGGAAGAUGGCAGCCUUGCUCUUUCUUCAGAGCAGAGUUACCAGAAUGUUGUGGGAUUGAGAGACAGAGAAGUGCCUGCAGACUCCUGCCCUGAUCUCCUGAGUAGCACCCAUUUUCCUGUGGGUAAAGCCAUCCAACAGGAGCCCUCACCAGCCUCUGGGCAUCGGUGGCAACCGGUCCCAAAAAACCAGGAGAGGACCCUGAAGUUAGUAGCCAUAAAUCCAUCUCAGUUGAUAAAGCGUCCGGCGGGAGACCAGCCUGUUGUGGUGCUAAAUCAUCCAGAUGCUGACAUCCCCGAGGUUGCCAGGAUCAUGGAGGUCGUCAACAGGUACAGAGGAGAGGUGCAGAAGGUCAUGCUGUCCCGCAGGACUCUGAAUGCUCUCUCAGCCAUGUACAGUGAGGUCCCUGAAACAAAUGACCCAUCAGAUAUGCAACCUGACUCUGCAGGGCUUGGAAAAAACUCUGUACAGGAGAGGUUUAUUUUGAAGUUGAAACUUCGCAGGUUGAGCAGGAAAAAGUACGAAGUAGUGGGUGCGGCGUCCCCCAGCAGGGAUGUGGCGACAAAGUUUCGCUGCUGGUUUUGCGGCAGGGUCUUUGCAAAUCAGGAAGCGUGGAUGGUCCAUCGGCAGCGACAUCUGAUGGAAUGGAAAAGGCCAAACUGUGAAAACUCUUAAAUGUCGCACACACUGGAUGAAAAACAAAACUAGUCUGGAAAAAGAUGACUUCGCAAUACAACAAAACAAUAAUGGAAACCGUGAUAGCCAGUCUUCUCAUUUUUCUUUAAGGUCUUAAUAAAGAGUGGUGGUCGUCACACUUCCUGGAGGGUUCAUGUUCUCAGGGUAAUAUAAACAUUUACCUUUGUCUCUCCCAGUAUGAGUAGCUCAAUACAGACUCUUUGUAGUUUAGAAAUAAUUUGUACGGCUACAAGGACGUGGUGUUGACAAUUUAGUUUGUAUUUUUUUUUUUUUUUUGUAUUUUGACGCAAUAGCUUUAUUUAAAGUGAUUUAAGUACACUGUCGUACGGAAUCUUUUAUAGAACACUGUAACAUGUUUAUUUGCCAUACCAUCUGAGUUUAUGUACGGGUAGGCUAUACAGUGUGGUAGCUAUAAUAUUUAUGUUUUUGGAAUGGGACGCAGAGACCCACAGGUUACUCAGAUAUACCAAAACUGUGUGUUUAAAAAACAAACAAAAAAAAGUCAAUAAGCUCUUUUAUUCAACAUUUAUUUAUGACUUUAGGUUUAGUCUUUAUAUGCUUUUCUUUAUGCUUUUUUGGGCCUUUGGAAGAAUCAGUGUAUUUGUACAAUUUUUGUAUAAACUUCAAAUUAUGUUCAUAUAUGGUAUUAUGUGUAAGAGGUAUAUUUUCAGUCAUUCAUUCAGUGGGAGCCGAUAUCCCUGAAGACACGAUUAAUUUUAAAAAGUAAACCUGUGUUUUGUGAUGUAGAUCAAAUACUAACAAAAUAGUUUCUUUUGAAAUCUGGAUUUUUAAAGAUUAAGAGGCCUGAAUGAUUUGGUCAUGUUGUUUUUUUUUUUUUUUUCCCUCAAUGAAUUUCCUCUCUUUUGACUUGAAAUGAUAAUCUUAUCUUUUAAUUGCACUAUGAAAGGAGGAUUUAUAUUUCCCGUUACCUCACCUUAUCAGGCCUAAGCCUAUGACAAUCAACCAGCGUCCUACUGUGGCUAAACAUUUCCUUAUGCAGCCAUGAUCCCUCAGUAUUCACAGCAAAGGGAACUGUGGCUCCUCUUUGUGUGUGUGUUUGUGCGCGCGUGUGUGUCAGUCAAGGAAAAUCAGACAGAUGUACCUAAAUUGUGCAUGUAUUCCCUGGACUGUCAGUAAUUCUUUGUGUGUAUAUAUAUAUAUACUUUUUCAAUUUAGAUGAAAGAUUUAUAAUUGUAUAUAGUCCAGUUAGAGGUACUGUAAAAUAUUACCAGAGAAUUUUCACCAAGUGC